CGUCGAGAUUUCCGCUCGGGGAUCAGUUUCUUCGAUGGAAAUGCUCGAGGGUACUCAUCCGAUCGAGGAAUCGAAUUUCGUUCGGUUACCGGACGCAAACUGAUCAUUUCCGCGAGCGAAUCUACUUUUGAGAUCGUGGCUCGCAUACUGGCCGAAGAUGGAAAAGUUUACGCCGCGGCGUUAUUGCUUCUGCCACGAACCGACAAGAGGAUCUUGAAUUUGAUGAUUUAUAGCAAUCGAACGAAGGAUGUUGACACAUUUAUUCUUGGGUUUUUCCUACCGUCGAAGCUGCAAUAAAAAACACCAGUGGAUCUCAUCCAUUUUUAAGUUAACAAUCGACAUCAUUCCGAAAAAUCGUGGCGAUGUCGAUCCUCGCGAGAUGCCACGCGCUUAGUCGCGAGAUCCUGCGUGUUGGGCACGCCGUAGCUACUAUAUUGAUCUACCUGUGCGAGGGCUAUAUCUGUCCGCGUGUUUCGGUGCAGUACCAUCCAGUCCGCCAACGCGAGAUCAACGUUUCGUCUGGCAGCUUCUCGCAUGAUCACGUUUCGCCCUCGUCGAGACAGUUUCAAAUCGAAAUAUCUGGAAACUCGUUCAACUCUGAAUCGAUGUUUAGUCAUAUCGCAUCCUGGCAUACAGGAUGAGUCGCCAGGGCCGUUUUUCGCGGAACAAUGUCAGCGUGACACCAACGCGACCAAGUGUUCUAGUUGGAACGGCAGUCAGUUUUUCGUUUCAUUUUUCGAACCCACGAUUCCGUCGACCGUUUGUUUGAGGUUGAUCGCGACUCAUGUCUGCUAUUUAGAUUGGUUCUCCGCGUUAGAGAGUGUACGUAUAUGUCGAAUUUCAACGUCACUGCGGUCUCGUGCAGAAUGAUGAUUAAAGAUCCCUGGACGCCGAGGUUUCGAUGAGAAAAUGCCACGAUGCUGCGGCGCGUCCCUGGUUUCCGUCAUGGACGGCGACGGUUCUCCGCAGAGCCUCGGUCUGCAGAUCCAGGACGGCAAUCCUCGAAAUAAAACAGCAUUAGCACCUGGCCACAGUUUGAUGGACUGGAUUCGACUGAGUAACUCUGGCGUCGAUUUAACCGGCGUUGGUGGGGUUUCAAGAGUUAUAACUUUGUCCGAGUUGGCCAAUCACAACAAAGAAAAUGACGCUUGGAUCGCGAUACGAGGAAUCGUCUUUAACGUAACGCGUUACAUGGACUUUCAUCCAGGAGGAACUAGCGAGUUGAUGAGAGGCGUCGGGAAGGAUGCCACGAAGUUGUUCGAAAACGUGCACGCUUGGGUUAAUUAUCAAAGCAUCCUUCAGAAAUGCGUUGUGGGAAGAUUAAGCCGCGGCUCGGUCAGCGGAGCACCUUCGUCGCCUACGGAAAGCGUUCCAUCCAACACGGCCGAUUGUUCUUCUGCGACGCUGGACCUAAUCAAAAGCUGCACGACGCGCAGUAACAGUCAAGAAAACCUAUCGCAGACGGAUACCGGUCCGUCGAACGUGAAGAUGGACUGGAGACAAACGACCAAUUCCAUUACGCUCUUUUACCAAACAGUGCGCGACUAUCCAAGCGUGUCUUACCAAGUGACGAGGAUAACCGACUCGAAGCUGGUCUUCAAGUUGUUCUUCGAGAAAGAUGUAAUAACUCAUGAACUCGAACUAGCAGCAGGCGUUGAAUGGCCACCGGAAUGCAAGAGGAACUUAGAAACUAUGGAGGUUGAUUUCACGUUUACGAAGAAGACGAAAGGGAUAUGGAAGACUCAGGGAAGUCAUACGAUAUGGAGGGAGCCAAACAAUAACAGUCGGACGUACAAAGAAUACGAAGUACUCACAAACACGAAACUCUCCGAGUUAGUUCAUUUGUUAGUCUUGCGAGCGAAAGAUUCGUUGGAACUGGUACCCGUCGGGAGACACGUAGAGGCCAAGAUGAACGUAAUGGGAAUGGAAAUUUCGCGAUCGUAUACGCCUGUUCCACCGUGCCUUCAUCCCGACGACAUGGCGCCGAAUUACAAAUCAGACUGCAUAUGUCUGAUGAUAAAAAAGUACCCGAAUGGCGCGCUGAGUCCGUCCAUAACCGCUCUACAGAUCGGUCAGACCCUCGUGAUGAGCAAUGUUUUAGGUGCCUUCGUAGUAGAAUCCUUCGAUCGCUACUCUGUUAUUCAUAUGCUGGCAGGCGGCACAGGGUUGACCGCGAUGCUUGGAAUCAUCCAGCGGGCCUUGGCCAGGCGUAGUGUGAAGACUAUAAACCUCCUCAACUUCAACAAGGACGAGGACAAUAUGUUCUACGUGGCGCAACUGGACAAAGUUAGCGCCGAAAACAAAUUGAAGGUUACACAUAUUCUUUCGGAAGCCAACAGUUCGUGGACGGGCAGGCGUGGUACCGUGUCUGAUGACAUAUUGAAAGAGCUGGUGGCAGAACACUCUCCCGACGCAUGUGUAUUUACUUGUGGUCCUCGAGGAUUUAUGCAGUCUGCCAAAAAAUCUCUACAGAAACUUGACUGGAAACCCUACCAAAUGUACGAUUUCGACGAUUAGACGUCUUCAGCGAAAGUAUAUCCCCUCCUUUUGAUACCGAACUUAAGAACAGAGACGAGAACGUCGAAAGUGAAACCGCUGUUGAUGAAUCUUCGUCCGAAGAACCAAUCGCAGCUUUUAAAAGAACAUUUUGGAUACUUUUACUCCUAUUUCCGCCCACUGUGUUAGUAUCACGAGUGUGCAUUGAUCGAAAAUGAUACGUCGGUGAUUGAAGUGGCAAGUGGAGUCAGAUGGUUGGGAAAAACUACAAAAAUAUCUAAACGCGUUUAGAACCUAAGUUACAAUUUUCAUUCAGAAAUGUAUGUACAACAAAGUCAGUUGCAGCCCCAACUAUAAUUCAACAAAGUUUCUAUUGUAAUUAAACAUUUUUACCACUGAUAUACUUUCAGUUUCGUAAAAUUGGAUACCGUUCGCAUCACUUUGUAGCAUUUUUCAUAUUUUUUACGCAACAUAUCUGACUUUCACCAUCUCCAAACUCAGCAAACAAAAAAAUAUGUACAUAUAAUAUAUUUAUAUACGAUGAUUGUCUCGGAAGCUACUUACUGUCGAGAAAUAUACACACUUUGUACCAUGUCUACAAAUUUUCGAACAAAAAAUAGGAGUAAGGGUUUUAGAUGAAAGUUUUAGGUUCUACUAAGGUAUACAAUUCGUAUAAAGGUUUUCCGUACGAUUUGCCGAGAUAAAUUAUUUUUUACAGAAACCGUAAUUUUUAACUCUACAUCCGCACGUAUAACAUAUACAUCCUGGAGAACUGUAUUUUUAACAUUUUAUCCGCAAAUAUCUGUAAACAUAGUGCAUGGAGACAUAUUUUCAGACGUUGGCCAACUUAGAACAAUUGUCAUGUUUGUCUUUUUUUUUUUUUUAACGAAAAUACUUCGUUUACACUGAAAGAGAAAAUUAUGAAUGUGUGCCAAAAAGGGCUUGUAGAAUUAGAAGGUUAUAGUAAUGCGAGUAAAUGGCCUAACGAAAGAAAGGUUUCGAACGGAUAGGAUCGUCUGAAUUUUUAAGGUCAGUUCUUGAAAUUUCACUUCCAUGAAACAAGAUCUAAUUCAUAGAUAGAAAGUAACAGAAAAACUAUUAUAUACUUCAGUUCUCACGUGUAAUUUAGAACUGGCUGUAUUUGCAAGCAGAGAGUACUUCUCACGGAAACAACUCGCGUCUUUAUUCAAACAUAUUCAAGUGUGGACCACUUUCUGCAUUUACGUACAUGUGUAUAUAUAUGAGUGUAUAUAGUUGUUAUCAGAAAUAAAUGAAUAUUUGAUGGCA